AUGUACCAACGAUUUCUGGCUGCGACGCAUCAUAACGGCCAGUCACUCCUCCUGUUUUUGUCGAAGACAUUCCAUAGAGAAAUUCUGGCCGGGGUCAUUCCGCGUCUAGCACAAGCUGGCUUUACGUUGGCUCAACCGUAUAUAAUCCGACGAGCAGUCAUUUUGCUCGCUACCCCAGAAGCCCCUAAUUCGCGUAAUCGAGGCAUUGCGCUGGUGGCUGCCUUUGCAAUCGUCUAUGUUGGCUUGGCAAUCUCUACUGCACAAGCUCAGCACAAGUCCUGUCGUUUGGUCGCGAUGUUCCGGGGAGGCCUCGUUUCCAUAAUCUUUGACAAAGCCAUAAGCCUUUCUGCAACCUCGCAGAAUGAAGCUAGUGCAAUGACAGCAAUGGGUAUUGAGAUUGAGCGCAUUGCAGCUGGGCUUCAAUGUUUCCAUGACACUUGGGGAUCGUUUGUUGAGGUAACAUUGGGCCUCUGGCUCCUAUACUAUCAGCUCUGGGCUGCUGAUGCUGUACCUAUCCUGAUUUCCGUAGUGUGCAUUACAAUGGGUCUAGUGCUAUCAGUUGCCUUGUGCAGGAAGCAGACUUAUUGGAUUCUUGCAAUUAAGACUCGACUUAGAGUGACGACCGAAAUGCUGGGGACAAUGAAAGGAAUUAAACUGUCUGGCCUCGCCACUGUCUUCUUCACCCGGUUGACCGAGUUGCGCACCAAGGAAAUCAUUAGUUCUCGGGCAUAUCGCUCUUUUCAGAUCCUUGCAACUGCUCUAGAGAGAAUUGACUCACUCGACUGCAGCAAAUCUUAA